AUGGGCCGCUACCGCAUCCACGUGGCCACCGGGGCCUGGAUCUUCUCUGGGUCUUUCAACCACGUGCAGCUGUGGCUGGUCGGGGAGCGCGGGGAGGCAGAACUGGAGCUGCAGCUGCGGCCAGCGCGGGGCCAGGUGGAGGAGUUCGAACAGGACGUUCCCCAGGACUUGGGGCCACUGCAGUUCGUGAAGUUGCGCAAACACCACUCCCUGGUGGACGACGCCUGGUUCUGCGACCGCAUCACCGUGCAGGGCCCAGGAGCCUUAGAGGAGGCCGCCUUCCCCUGCUACCGCUGGGUGCAGGGCGAGGGCGUGCUGACCCUGCCCGAGGGCACCGCCCGCCUGGCAGGAAAAAAUACCUUGGAUGUGUUCCAGAAGCAUCGAGAAAAGGAACUGGAGGAAAGACAGCAAAUCUACUGCUGGGCCACCUGGAAGGAAGGGUUACCCAUGAAACUUGCUGCAGGCAGUAUAGAUGAUCUGCCUUCAAAUAUGAGAUUCCAUGAGCAGAAGAGGCUGGACUAUGAGUGGACAGUGAUUGCAGGGCAUAUGGAGAUGGUCCUCAAAUAUGUUUACACCUUCCCAAGCUCCUGGAAACGCCUGGAAGAUUUUGAUCAGAUCUUCUGGGGACAAAAGACUGCCAUGGCUGAGAAGGUUCACCAGCGCUGGCAGGAUGAUGAGCUUUUUGGCUACCAGUUCCUCAAUGGCGCCAACCCCAUGGUGUUGAGACGCUCCACCUCUCUGCCCUCCCGGCUGGUGCUGCCCUCGGGGAUGGAAGAGCUUCGGGCCCAGCUGGAGAAAGAACUCCAGAAAGGUUCCCUGUUUGAGGCUGACUUCAUCCUACUGGAUGGAAUUCAAGCCAAUGUGAUCCAAGGAGAGCAGCAGUACCUGGCUGCCCCCCUUGUCAUGCUGAAGAUGGAACCCAGUGGGAAGCUGCUACCCAUAGUCAUCCAGAUCCAGCCUCCCAGCCCCAGCUGCCCCACCCCACCACUGUUCCUGCCCUCAGAUCCUCCACUUGCCUGGCUCCUGGCAAAGACCUGGGUCCGAAGUUCAGAUUUCCUUGUUCAUGAGACCCAGUAUCACUUGCUGAACAUUCAUAUGCUGGGUGAGGUCAUCGUUGUGGCCACCAUGAGGUGCCUCCCAGGACUGCACCCUGUCUUCAAGCUCCUGAUCCCACACACCCGCUACACCAUGGACAUCAACACGAGGGCACGGAACCAACUCAUCUCAGAUGGAGGAAUAUUUGAUAAGGUAAGGAGCACCGGUGGAGGGGGCCAUGUGCAGUUGAUGCGUCGGGCCAUGGCUCAGCUGACCUACCGCUCCUUCUGUCCUCCUGAUGAUCUGGCUGACCGAGGCCUGCUGGGCAUCCCAAGUGCCCUCUAUGCCCAUGAUGCUUUACGGCUCUGGGAGAUCAUUGCUCGGUACGUGGAGGGGAUUGUCCACCUCUUCUACCACGGGGAUGACAUCGUGAGAGGGGACCCUGAGCUGCAGGCCUGGUGUCGGGAGAUCACUGAGGUGGGGCUGUGCCACGCCCAGGACCGAGGUUUCCCUGUCUCCUUCCAGUCUCGGGCUCAGCUCUGCCAUUUCCUUACCAUGUGCAUCUUCACAUGCUCUGCCCAGCAUGCAGCAGUCAACCAGAGUCAGUUGGACUGGUAUUUCUGGGUCCCUAAUGCCCCAAGCUCAAUGCGGAUGCCCCCACCCACCACCAAGGAAGAUGUCACAAUGGACACAGUGAUGGGCUCAUUACCGAAUGUCUGGCAGACCAGUCUUCAAAUGACUUCCAUAUGGCUCCUUUGCCAUCCACAGCCAGACAAGGUACCACUGGGGCAUCACCAAGAAGAGUAUUUCUCAGGUCCUGAGCCCAAAGCUGUUUUAAGGCAGUUUCAGACAGAUUUGGAUAAACUGGAAAAGGAAAUCGUGGCCCGGAAUGAGCAGCUAGACCUUCCCUAUGAACACCUGAAGCCCAGCCUCAUAGAGAACAGUAUCACUAUUUGA